UAAGCAUCAUUUUUUCCACAUGCGAGCUUCCGUCGAGACAAAGGGGACAGCUUUUAGUACAGAUCCAGUCCGGUCCGAAUGACGAUCGUCAAACCGUCGCAGCUCUCUUCCUCCUCCUCCUCGCCGCUGUGUUCCCUCAAAGGAUCACUCCUCACCCUCGCCGUCCUCACUUUCCUCUCCCUCUUCUACCUCUCCCUCGACUCCCUCCGCACCUCGCCGCCGUCUCCCAUCGUCGUUGGCGCCAAUCAGCUCCCACACACCUUCGCCAAGGAAGAGGAUGAGAGUUACUCCGACGUGUACCACUCCCCUGAGUCGUUCCGGUCCAAUUACGCGGAGAUGGAGAAUAAGUUCAAAGUCUACAUCUACCCCGACGGAGAUCCGAACACGUUUUACCAGACGCCGAGGAAAGUCACCGGCAAAUACGCCAGCGAGGGUUACUUCUUCAAAAACAUCAGAGAGAGUCGGUUCCGCACGUUAGAUCCAGAGGAAGCCGAUCUCUUCUUCGUCCCCGUCUCUCCUCACAAGAUGCGUGGCAAAGGAACAUCGUAUGAGAAUAUGACUGUGAUUGUUCAGACAUACGUCGAUGGGUUGAUAUCGAAGUAUCCUUAUUGGAACAGAACGUUAGGAGCAGAUCAUUUCUUUGUCACGUGCCACGACGUUGGUGUUAGAGCCUUCGAGGGAUCUCCGGUUAUGAUCAAGAACACGAUUAGAGUCGUGUGCUCUCCGAGCUACAAUGUUGGUUUCAUCCCUCAUAAAGAUGUUGCUUUGCCUCAAGUGCUUCAGCCGUUUGCGCUCCCUGCCGGUGGAAACGAUGUUGAGAACCGGACGACGCUUGGGUUUUGGGCUGGUCAUAGGAACUCAAAGAUACGUGUGAUACUCGCACGUGUGUGGGAGAACGACACUGAGCUAGAUAUUUCGAACAAUAGGAUCAACAGGGCGACGGGGCAUUUAGUGUAUCAGAAGAGAUUCUACAGGACCAAGUUUUGUAUAUGCCCUGGUGGUUCUCAGGUUAACAGUGCUCGUAUUACUGACUCAAUCCAUUACGGUUGUGUUCCUGUUAUAUUGUCAGACUACUAUGAUCUGCCUUUUAAUGACAUUUUGGAUUGGAGAAAGUUUGCGGUUGUGCUGAGAGAGCGAGAUGUGUAUGACCUUAAACAGAUCCUCAAGAACAUAACACAGUCAGAGUUUGUUUCGUUGCAUAACAACUUAGUCAAGGUUCAGAAGCAUUUUCAAUGGAACUCGCCACCAGUUAAAUUCGAUGCCUUCCACAUGAUCAUGUAUGAAUUGUGGCUACGCCACCAUGUCAUCAAGUACUGAUCCAAGACUGUUUUCUUUUUCUUUUUUUUUCCUACCACGUAGAUACGGUCCCAAGGUAGUAUGUAUACCUCUUGUAAGUUUUUUUUAAAAUAUCAUAGCUUACGACCAGGGAUGUUAAUUUGCAGGCUAGGGCCUAACCCUCAUUUGUGUAAUAUAAGUC